AUGAUGAAAUCUCUCCUUUGGCUUUUUGCUUUCUUUUGCAUCGCCUAUCGUUUGGUUAUUAAUGCAUCUCCUAUCGCCAAUCCACCAUCAUCAUCUACCUCCUCUCAACUUGGUUGUAAGGAUUUUCCGAUAAAUUGCGUCGUGGACUCACAGUGCGGCGACGGACAAGCUUGUCGAUUAUCCAAGAAAGGUUCUUCUUGUGUAUCUAACACAACAUCUGUAGAUGAUCAACUUAUUAAAAAUGUCCAAGACCUUGGUUGUGCUGAAGCGAUAAAGUUUGUACCUUAUUCGCUACAGGUGCCUUUUGUAUUUGUAACGAUCCAAGCGGAUUUAACUGCUUUUAGUAGUUAA